CACCAUAGGAACCUCAGCCACACACACAACACUCACACACGCGCGCAACACUCACACACGCGCGCAACACUCACACACGCGCGACAGUCACACACACGUACGACAGUCACACACGCACGACAGUCACACACACGUACGACAGUCACACACGUACGACAGUCACACACGCACGACAGUCACACACGCGCACAUACUUCAACUGUGCAUGGUCGUUUCGACCUCCUCCUCCUCCACGACUUGAUAUCGAGAGCAGCGGAAAGAAGGAGACGGAGCGACAGCAGGCGGAGCUGGUGAUCUGGGUUGUCCAUUAUGAACGGGAGACACGAGGGGAACGAUCCGGUCCUCCGUACGCUGGCUCGCGAGCUUCGCAGAAUCCAAGGCGACAUCGAAGCUCAGAUUCCAGCAGAUGAAGACGCCUACCAGGAGAGGAGUUCAUUACUCGACCCGCGUCCUCAUCGACCCCAGCGCAACUGCACGAGGUGGGACCCCUGGGAGCCACUGGAGGAUGAGGUGGAGGCGGACGCCUCGAGUCCACCACGAAGGUGGAGGUGGAAGUCGCUCGCCGCGGACGACGCUCGGUCCCUUCGGCGAGAUUUGGCCGUCGAUCAUCGAAUCGCCGUCGCUGAGAUUCACGCCCAGAACCGGGAGCUCGAGGAAGCGAAGCGAGAGCUUGGACAGCGCAUCGAGUCCCUGCGAGCGAGGCCCAGGGAGCCCGAGGCGACCCCGCAGGGCCUCCAGGAGACCCUCAGGGAGUUGGGGUUCCAGGGGAAGAGGACGCAACGGCAGCUGCAGGCGCUCAGGAAAGACGUGAGGCUUCUGCAGGCCGACGUGGGCAGGAUGCUGAUUGGCCAGGUGGAUGGGGGGGCUGUGCCCCCCCGCGAUGAGCCGGGCCCCUCACAGAAAGUGGAGCCCUUCGAGCCCCCCACUCACGAGGCGCCAGUCUACACGGGGGGGCGACUGUCAGCCGAGAUCAGUGCGUUGCGGAUGAUGUACGCGAGGGGAGGGGGCGACAACCCGCGCGUGUUGGACGCCCUCAAUGAGCUGCUGGCCCGAGCCCAGGCCGUCGAGAUGAGUGGGAAGGGCGGCGCCCAUCUCCCCGAGGCCCGCCAACCCCGCCGGCGACACCGCAGGCCCCCCCGUCACGACCCCACGCUGCCCGCGCUUCUGUCCGCCUACGAAGAGGUGGAAGUUCAAAACGAGCUGCUGAGGAAGAAACUGGGUCACGUGACCCUCCCGUGACAACGUCGUCUCCCCCCCCCCCACCACCCUUCACUCGCCCGUUGAUACUUUGUUGGAGGAGCCAGGAAAUUCCACAUUCCCAUGACGGGGGACCACCGUCGCAGUUAAUUGACAACCGCCGGUUGGCUGAUCUGUCUACGUGCCGGAUCAUUCGAUCGGUCUCGCUCUCUCGCUCGGUUAAUCGCUCGCCCCGCUCCUUCACUCGUCAUUCCGUCGUACUUUUUAGUCGCUCACUCACUCAUCCACUCACUCAUUCAUUCACUCAGCAACUCAACUCGCUCGCAGCGUGCGGUGGCCAGGGGCUGGCAGCACAGCAAGCGGGAUGACGAACCCGUCUGUGUGGAUUUGUCUCUCUCCCACCCGUCCGUCCGUCCGUGUUCUCUCAUUUUCCUCCCACUUAUGAAGCCAAGACUCCCUCGCCUGAAGUGCAGGAGGUGCCAGGGUUCGAUCCCGACCCUGACAAUACCUGCUGCUGUAAAUUUGGAGUUUGCGUGUCUCUCUCUCUCUCUCCCCGUGGCGAAAUGUUAACUACCUCGCCCGGUCUACAGGAGGCCAUGAAUUCGAUCCC